AUGACCAGCUCCUCCUCCUCGACCUCCCGCUCUGGCUCGCGUAAACACGUCUACGGCGUUCCUUCGAAAUGUUGGUGUGGCAAAGCCCUCGACACCUGGGUCUCUGAGACCAAGGAAAACCCUUACCGUAGAUUCUACCGAUGCAAAAUCGCUCUCCAGAACAAAUCUGAAGCUCAUCUGUUUAAAUGGGUUGACGAAGCAAUACUAUAUGAGCGUUUGGAUCUACUUCAUGAUUUCCAAGCACUUUCGAAAGAUUUCAGUGCCCAGCUUCAGUCUCAGAGGUCUUUGCUACUCUCUAGGGAUGAAGAAAUGAUGAAGCAAAUCAAAGAUAAUUUGUUGCAGAUGUCGACAAUGUUGAAUGAAGAAACACAGAAGCUGAAGUUAGUAAUUGCAGCAAAGGACAACUCUCACAACAACUCCAUUUUUACUACCAAUGGCCCUAUCACUAAAUUUACCAUAGCUAUUGCAGUAAUUGGAGCUAUGUCUUCCAUUUACUGGAAGCUUAUCUGA